GAAGCACACAACACAGUGCCUCAAGUGGCAAGUUUGAACAAGUUGUCAAGGCCAACUGACUAGGUUGAAAACGGAUCAUUCGCUGCUGAAACGCCAGACCAACAACAUUUUACAAACGUUGCAGUGCAAGUGGUUCCUUAGAAUGUCUGAUUACGCGCGGGAGAAUAAAUCCACUGAUGCAAAAAUUUUUUGCAACACUAUUUUUGCGAGUGGUUCUUUCAAAAACGUGUACAGAGGAGAGUAUACAAAAGGAGAAAGAGCUGGCGAAGAAUGCGUUUGCAAGAUUUUCAAAUCCGGAAGCGUCUAUGAAGAAUCGUAUUUCCAAGUCGAGCUUAAAGUGGUUGCCAAAGCGCUCGAGAUUGUCAACAAGUUUAACAGAGACAAACACAUUGACCAGAACAUUUGGCUUAACCAGCCAGCUGUGUGGACUUUCAUUGAAGGAAAUAAAAAUGGAGAAAAGGCAAUAAUUGAACCCAUGAUUACCAAUUUUGAAAAGUUCAACUCAAACACAGGAUGGACUCCAGAAGAAUCGUCUCCUUGGAUAAAUGCUAUGCAAUCGCUCAGCCACUUUUCCUAUCACACAACUAAUCGCCGUUUGCUCUUUUGCGACCUCCAAGGUGGCAUUUACAAGGAUGGCUUUGUUUUGACCGAUCCUGUCAUUAUGUCAACCAAUCAGGAGUAUGGACCAACGGACCUCGGUGCUCAUGGAAUUUCAACAUUUUUUGCUUCUCAUCGAUGCAGCAAAUAUUGCAAAGCUCAUUGGUUGGUUCCGCACGAUAAAAAAGUCUAUUUUACAAUUCAAAAGGGAUCUGCCAUGGUUCUCCCUGGUCGCCAAAGUCGCGCCGCUCUAACCUGUCAGCUGCCAGGCAUGUUGGAAAAUUUGUCCAUUCAAGAGGAAUAAACUGAUUUUACUUCUU